AUGCAUCAUGAUGAACAGGUCACUUGUCCGGAGAUUCGGUUCGGAACGACGCCCAUGCUGGACCUCGACUUUCCCACAUCACGGCCGCCACGUCCGGUAGACGAUCCCCAGAAUCUGUUACCGAUCAUCAAUGGCGGACCCGGUCAAACGGUUUCACCCACGAAUGAAACUACCCUCCAGGGUGCCCGCCUAUGGAGCCUCAUUGGGGGUUUGUAUCUAGCCGUCUACUUGGUCGGGCUGGAUCUGUCCAUGCUAUCUACCGUAAUACCAAAGCUCUCGGAUUACUUUCACAGAAUAUCGGAUGUUGGCUGGUACGAAAUCGCAUAUCUUGUGCCAAUAUGCGUCCUCCAGCCAUUGGCCGGCCAGAUAUACACCGUCAUGCCAAGCAAGGUUUGUGUAAAGGCGCCAUUAAUGUCCCAGCAGCUGAUCAGUUUCAAGCACACCUACCUGGCCUUCUUCAUCGUAUUCGAGCUCGGUAGCCUUGUGUGCGCCGUCGCGCCAACGAGCCCCGUCUUCAUCAUCGGCAGGGCUAUCACGGGAAUCGGCGCCGCCGGCCUCAUGAACGGCGGCCUCGUCAUCAUAUCCGCUGCGUGUCCGCCUCGGAUACGGCCCAUGAUCACCGGGGCCGCCAUAUCGCUCAUACCCCUCGGCGGCAUCACCGGCCCCCUGAUCGCCGGCGCCCUGACCGAUCACCUUGGCUGGAAGUGGUGCUUUUGGAUCUUUCUCCCUGUCGGCGCCAUCACAGCCGUUAUCAUCAUCGCCGUUCGUAUCCCCGAACAGGCCCCGAAGCCCCCUUUCCGCCAAGCGCUCUCCGAGCUGCCCCGAAGCGUCGACCCCGUAGGCUUUCUCCUCUUCGCGCCAGCAAUCAUAGAACUACUCCUUGCCAUCAGCUGGGGAGGCGCUGAUUUCGCGUGGUCCUCGCCCACCAUCAUCGGGCUCUUCUGCGGCUCCGUGGCGACGAUGGUCGCGUUCGCCAUGUGGUCAAGAUACGCAGGGGAAAAGGCUCUGAUCCCACGAAGCACGAUGCUUCACCCGCUCGUUGUCUUCGGUAGUGCUGUUGUCGCGAUGCAGGGCGGCUCGACGACCGUGGUCACGUACUAUCUCCCCCUGUGGUUCCAGGCCAUCCAGGGGCAGAGCGCGGUCGGGGCCGGCGUGAGGCUGCUGCCUUCGAUGAUUUCAAUGAUUGCCGGCAUGAUGACUGCGGCAGUAUUAGUCCGGAGGCUGCAUUACGUGCCACCUUGGGCAAUAGCGGGUAGCAUACUCUCGGCGGUUGGCACUGGGCUCUUGACGACGCUCUCUGUGACCUCGACUACUGGGCACUGGAUCGGAUACCAAAUCAUCACAGGGUACGGGCGCGGAAUGGCGCUUCAAAUACCAGUGAUUGCCGUCCAGGAAAGUCUUCCUAGCGAAGAGCUUGCUAUGGCGACGUCGAGUCUCACACUACUCAUGUAUCUCGGGAGUGCGAUUGGCACGUCUGUAGGCCAGACCAUAUUCCGAAGCGGUAUACCAGGUGCCCUGGCGCAAUAUGCCCCUUUCGUAGACCCCGAGCUGGUGAUCAACACGGGCGCCACGGAGAUUCAACAUUUGGUGACACCAGACCAGUUGCCUGAGCUACUGCGGGCCUAUAACGAGGCAUUGACCCAGAUCUUUUUCUAUCCAACGGCGAGUGCAGCUGUUGCUGUUUUGCUUGCCUUUGGUUUAGGUUGGAAGAGAAUAGGAGUCGACAAUAGUCCAGAGAUGGCAGGGCAUGGCGUCUACAUGGCCUCCUGUCUUCCUGACCGGGACGCAGUUGCAAAAUACCCCGUUCGAUUCGCCGCGAAGGAUUUGCCUCGAAAGUCGCCGGCGAUGGAUGCCCUCAGCCUCACGAAUAGCUCCAACAAAUAG